UCCCUUCUUCCAUUCUCCACCAUUUUUUGUUACCGCGCCUUUCUUUUCUUUCUGGCCUCGCUGGUCGUUCUUCUUCCCUCCGCGAUUUCUUGGCGGUAGGGUUUGGCGCCUUAGGGUUUGCAGAUCGGGGCCCGUGGAUUUCCAGGAGACAAUGCGCUCAUGUCUCAGCAGGAAUCAGUAAUGCAGAAUGUAGAUCAGGGAAUGCGCGUAGCUUAGGGGCGCUGCUGGCCCGGUCUGGCAAUGCGAGAAAAGAAUGGUGAAUUCGCCAUGCAGCAUCAAGCGAGGCCAUUGGCUGUGGUGUCCAGGCUCCAGGCGAUGAUUUGCUAGUUCUGCCACAGCUGCCUGGAUCCUAGUGAUGACUGAAAAUGAUGCGGGCAAUUCGACCUCCAGAAUCCAAACAGGCGACCACUUUGCUGGUUGCGGUGAGAUGCCGUCCGCUUACUUCGAAGGAACAGACCAAGAGCCGAGACAUUUUACGAGUAGUCGAUGACAAGGUGGUCGUUGUGCUGGACCCGGAUUCCUCUAAAGAAUAUCUGGAUCGGGUUCAAAAUCGAAGCAAGGAAAAGAAAUACGUUUUUGAUGUUGCAUUUGGACCAGAAUGCUCCAACAAGGAUGUGUACAAUGUUACUGUCGGAUCCAUGAUUGAGGGGGUGUUGAGGGGAUUGAACGCUACGGUGUUUGCGUAUGGAGCCACCGGCAGUGGCAAAACUCACACGAUGGCUGGUUUGCCAGAGGAUCCAGGUCUGAUGGUUCUAAGCUUGCAAGAGAUUUUUGGCCUCAUAACUAAGCAGGAGCAAGAACAUGACUUCGAGGUUACUUGCUCCUACUUGGAAGUUUACAAUGAGGUUAUUUAUGAUUUGUUGGAGAAAUCGUCUGGUCAUUUAGAACUACGAGAAGAUCCCGAUCAAGGCAUCACGGUUGCUGGUCUAAAACGAAUCCAGGUAAACUCAGCUGAAAAGAUUCUGGAGCUUCUCAACCUUGGGAACAGUCGUCGUAAAACGGAAAGCACUAAUGCCAAUGCCACGUCUUCGAGAUCACAUGCCGUUCUAGAAAUAAUUGUGAAGAGGAAACAAAGAAAUCAAUACAGAUCUCAAGUCUUACGAGGAAAGCUGGCGCUUGUCGACCUUGCUGGAAGUGAAAGAGCAUCGGAAACGAAUAAUGCUGGGCAAAAGCUGAGAGACGGGGCUAAUAUCAACCGUUCAUUGCUUGCUUUAGCAAAUUGUAUCAACGCUCUUGGCAAGCAACAAAAGAAGGGCCUCGCCUAUGUCCCAUAUCGUAACAGCAAACUGACGCGGCUUCUGAAAGAUGGCUUAAGUGGCAAUUCGCGUACCGUGAUGGUUGCGACGGUUUCCUGUGCCGAUGAUCAGUAUCAUCAUACAACCAAUACUCUGAAAUAUGCUGACCGAGCGAAAGAAAUCAAAACUCACAUUCAGACAAAUGUGGGAACUGUGGAUGCACAUGUUGCAGAUUAUCAACGAAUGAUUGACAAUCUUCAGGUGGAAGUAAGUCAACUGCGCAGGGAGCUUGCUGAGAAGGAAACUCAGCUCAGUUCCCGGACCCCGGAAAAGGCUGAUGACGAGCUUUCAUGGUUGGACGUUUUGAGUCACGACAUCAAUGAGAACGUGGAAAUGCGAGUCAAUCUGCAGAAGGCGUUGUUUGAGCUCGAGGACAUGAAUUUACACAACCGAAUGGAGCUUCAACAGCUUGACGAGCUAAUUGCACAGCAUCAGGAUGAAGAAGGGGAUGGUGAGAAGCUAGAUGACCUUAUCGAAAGGAGGCAAGUAGUGCUCGAUAAUAUCCGGGACAAUGACGAAGCUGGGGCUCAUUACCGACAGGAUAUUGAACACAAUGAGAAACAACGCAAAGAGCUUCAGCGGCAGAUUGAUGAGGCUAUUAGCAGCAAUCGCAAUAAAACAUAUCUGCGCAUCCUUAGCCAAUAUAGGCUAUUGGGAAUGACGAAUAUGGAGCUGCAAUUUCAAAUGGCUAUCAGGGAUCAGAUAAUUCAGGAUCAAAGAGAGGCCUUGAACAAUAUGUGGCGGCUACUGGAAAGCUCGGGACUAAACCACGACCAGAUUUUGGAAAUUGCUGCUCAACAAGGAAUAAUGAUAGAGGACGGCAUGCCGAUGUCAGGGCGGUCACAUUCAUCCAAUGCUCCCGCGAUGCAUGGCCAGCCUAUGACACCUUCGGCAACACGGUUCUCAAACAUUAUUCAGAUUCCCAGAAGCGAUGGAGAAAAUCCGAAAGAGUUUCGAGUGUCCAGCAAUGGUUCUAUUCGGGAACCUUUGGACACGCCAAUGUCUCCCGGCACUCCAAACAUGGAUUGGAGACUAACAGAGAGUGACUGCAUCGGCCAGGCAAAUUUCAAGGCGAAGUGUUUGGGAAAUUCGACUCCUCUUCCCGACGUGAAGCCUCAAGGUGACACGGUUGAGAAUAGCAAGGACCUGUCUCCGGAGAAGUUCCGGGAGAUAUGCAAGCAGGUCUUGUUGGAAAGCGGGGUUUUGGGGAGAACAGAUACGGGGUCAGAUACGUCUUGCUCAUGCUCUUCGAGGCUGCGCUCUCAGACAGCUCAUGGAGCUCGAAAGGUGGUGACUCCUUUGAAGCACAAGCGAAAGCCCCGAUCAGCCGACUGCCGCGUACGCCAAUGCACGCAUGAGUUACUGGCGGAUGGAAACACCACUGGUGUUGACGCCGGUAGCGAGGGCAGUGAAACUGAAGAUUCGGAUCAUUGCUUGACGAGUGCUACAAGGCACAAGCCAAGUGGACAACAGGCUGUAGACAACAAAAUGCUUCAAAGGGAGCUUUCAAGGCUGGAUAACGAGCUCCAAGAUCUUAAGCGGGGCAUUGAAAGGAACACUUCGCUGCAAGCCUUUAGUUCGAGUAGGGGCCACAGUGCACAUAUUAACUCGGAAGUGGCAAGAGCAAGCAGCAGGAACUCGUCGUCUCCAUUUUUGGGAAACAAGGCCGGUGUAGUUCAUAGCGGUGACUUCUCGAGAUCAGCUCCAACUAGUGGACAUGUGCCAUACAGUCAUAGAGUUAGUAGCCAGAACCAGGCAUCGUUUUCCACGAUCGGGACGCCAGUGUUGGAUAGGAGGCAGUGGGGGAAAGUAGGUAGUCUGGAUGUUUCAGCAGCAGGACGAGAGGUUCCUGCGUCGAAAGUUUUUCUUUUCAGCUCGCCCGACUUGGUAGAUGGUGGUCGCUCGGUUGUUAACUUGAAGUCCAAGGGAUUGACAGACAGGGUCAGUCCGCCUUCUCGUGGACGUCAGCUCUGGCCCCCGAGGAACAUCCCGGAAUGGACGGCAUGAUCGAACUUUUUUGCAACGAUCUCGUUCCUUGUUUUCUUCGAGGUUUUGAGGGGGUUUGUUUUUUGGUUCCUCCAUACAUUUUGUUUAAUUUGGAGCGUUUGUAACAUUUGUAAGCGAAAGUUUUUUUGUUCUUUUCAUUCCGUGUGUAACUUGUUACAGAUGAUCAUGUUUCUCGCUAUAGAUCCAUA